GGGAGGUGGUGAGGGGAAGAGGGAAUAAGCAAAAAAUUGCCUCUUUCCUCCUUCCACUGCCUGAAACCUCCACUGGAUCAAAUUGGAGGAGACACUGUUGGAUAAAACCCAUUAAAUAUUAUGAAGCCCACUAAGCAAACUCACUGUAGUAUUAUCUCCCCCUCCUCGAAUGUUUCUUUAUUUCCACAUGCUGUUAGAAAUUUCCCAACAUAGAGACUGCAAAAAGUGACGCUUGGUUUUCACGUUUGUCAGCUCCUGGUUCCAUUGCUACUCAGAUGCACCUAGCCCCUUGUGCGUUGCAGUUAUGUAGGUUUUUCAAGAAACCACAGAAACAAAUGCUUCAGGAAACCGAACACCAAUUCCGCACAUAAAUACUCUGAGUGCUUUUCCCACUGCCUGUUUGAUCUUACUUUUACUUUUUUACUUUCUUUUCUUUUUUAAGCCGGAGAAGAAUGCAGGUAUAAUUGCGCCGCUGUUCUGGGUACUGUGGCGCUCCCCCUCCCCCGCCCCCAAUAAUAGAAGCGAAAUGUCCUUUAUGAUCGGCGUGGGCUGCGUUUUUUGUUUUGAGCUCUUCUGGUCGAACCUUGCAACUUUUACUAUAUAAAAAAUAAUUCCCUUUCUUUGUUUCGUGAAUUAGAAACAAUGAGGAAAAGCUGAAGUCUGCCCAGGCCAGGUGUUUCUUGUUGGCAGCUUGCUCCCUAAUGACUCUGGCUCUCAUACAGCAGCUGCCUGCUAGUCUCUUUUGUAUGGCCUAUUGUUGCUUGCACACCCCUCCUUAAUACACAUGCUGCCCGGGGCAGACCCUGAGAAUGACAUCAACUUGCUUCUCUUAGAAACCUACAAACCUGACGCAGGGUGGGGAGGCUUUUCCUUGCAUCUGCCUGGCCAACUAAUUGUCAGCCUUUCCCGGCCUCCGAUUGGUCGCCGUUCUGCUCGGUAAUAGGUUAAGCAAAGACAUUGCUAUUCCAUCUGGUCAACCAUUCAUUGUUCUGCUUGCCUGCCUGGAAGUUUGCAGCUGAAAUCGUGUUAAGGAGUUGCUUCUGGACCUGCUGCAAAAAAAAAUAAUAAUUGCCCGCCUCAAUAUCUCUGUACUUUCCACUUAACGAAUACAGGAUACUUUAUAUCCCGGAAUACAGGAAAACCAACAAAGUGGAGCCAAGUACAUGCAGCAGCUUCAUGGGCUUGAAGGAUCACUUGAGGCAUGACCUAGGCCACCUCUAUGAGGACAGCACUGAGACUCAAAUAAGUGCCAUUGCACCUUGGUCAAUGGUAGAGAAACCAACCAUGGAUAAAGUUAACUCUAGGAAGGAGGAUACUAACAAGGAGACUUCUGAAGAAACUGGAAGCUCCAGUUGUGAUUCUGAGGAGGGCACAAAUUCCGAUAAUGAAUUGGAACGACCAGCUAUAAUUGGACCAGAAUCAUGCUUCUUACCUAAGACUCACAGACCGCUGUGCAGGUCUCCUUGUUUAGAACCGCAUAUAUUAAAGCGCAAUGAAAUCUUGCAAGACCUUAAGCUGGAGGAAGCUCAGAUAGGGUCUAAAGAACUGAAGAAACCUCCUGACGUGGUGAAAGAGUAUCAAACCAAACUGGAGUUUGCACUUAAGUUAGGUUAUUCUGAGGAACAGGUUCAACUUGUCCUGAAUAAGCUUGGUACUGAUGCUUUAAUCAAUGAUAUAUUGGGAGAACUUGUCAAACUUGGAAAUAAAACUGAGACGGAUCAGAGUGUAAGUAACAUUAACGCUAGCAUAAUGCGAGAAGCAUCUUCUGUUGAGUCUCAGAGAUCUGACUCCCCGCUUCCGGAAGAUGUGCCAGUGGAUGGUGAUAACCUCAGACCUAUAGUUAUUGAUGGCAGCAAUGUGGCAAUGAGCCAUGGAAACAAAGAAGUAUUCUCUUGUCGGGGGAUCAAACUGGCGGUGGACUGGUUUUUGGAAAGAGGCCACAAAGAUGUCACGGUGUUUGUGCCAGCGUGGAGGAAGGAACAGUCCCGACCGGAUGCUCUCAUCACAGACCAAGAAAUCCUGCGUAAAUUAGAGAAAGAGAAAAUUUUGGUGUUCACCCCAUCCCGCCGUGUUCAGGGGAGAAGGGUGGUGUGCUAUGACGACCGGUUCAUAGUGAAGUUGGCCUUUGAGUCGGAUGGCAUAAUUGUGUCAAACGAUAACUACAGGGAUCUUGCAAAUGAAAAGCCAGAAUGGAAGAAGUUCAUUGAUGAACGGCUGCUGAUGUAUUCAUUUGUCAAUGACAAAUUUAUGCCUCCUGAUGACCCCCUUGGCCGCCAUGGCCCAAGCCUGGAUAAUUUUCUGAGGAAGAAACCUAUUGUACCAGAACAUAAGAAGCAACCAUGUCCAUAUGGGAAGAAAUGCACUUAUGGACACAAAUGCAAAUACUACCACCCGGAAAGAGGAAAUCAGCCUCAGAGGUCAGUAGCGGACGAGCUUCGCGCCAUGUCCAGGAGCACAGCUGUCAAAGCUGCUAGCGAAGGAGGUCUGGUGAAGAGCAACAGCGUCCCUUGCAGCACUAAGAUAGAUAGCACUUCGGAUCUCAAGCGAGCCACUCCAAAGAGGCAGUCGGAUCCUAGCAUAAGGACUCAGGUCUACCAAGACUUGGAGGAAAAGCUUCCCACCAAAAACAAGUUGGAAACCAGGUCUGUACCUUCCCUAGUUAGUAUACCGAACUCUGCUGCUGCAAAACCCCAAAGUCUUGCACCUUUGAGCAACGGCCUUCCCUCCGGAGUUCAUUUCUCACCUCAGGAUCAAAGAGCGCAGGGGCCGUAUCCUCCAGUGUUGAUGGCAACCAAAAACCACGGAACGCCAAUGCCUUACGAGCAGUAUCCCAAAUGUGACUCCCCUGUGGACGCCAGCUACUACUCCAUGCUGAACGCAUACUCCAACCUAAGCAUCUCUGGCCCGCGAAGUCCCGAAAGGCGUUUCUCUUUGGACACCGACUACAGGAUUAGCUCGGUAGCUUCCGACUGCAGCAGCGAAGGGAGCACCAGCUGCGGCAGUAGCGAUUCCUACAUGGGCUACAGCGACCGGUCCUACAUGAGCUCUCCCGACCCCCAGCUGGAAGAGAACUUGAAGUGCCAGCACAUGCACCCCCACGGCCACCUGAGCUCGCAGCCCUUCCUGCAGGGCUACCACGAGACGCUGACCAGGGUGCAGAGCUACAGUCACGAAGAACCAAAGCACCACCACAAAUCUCCGCUUCCCUACAUGGCGGUCCACCUCCAGCAUCCCGCCGUCGGCGCUCGGUCCAGCUGCCCCGGCGAUUACCCGGCUCCCCAGAGCUCGCCCCGCUCCAAGGGCAGGCACCUGGGGAGAGCCCUCGUGUCCACCCGAGUAGACAGCAUCUCGGACUCGCGUCUGUACGAUAAUUCCCCGCUGAGGCAACGGAAAACGUACUCCGGCCAGGACGGACUCGGCAGCUGGGACAGGCAAGGCUACGGGGUCGACGCGUACGGCUACCGCCAAACUUACUCCUUGCCCAGCAACCCCAGCCAGCCGUGUUAUGAGCAGUUUGCCUUCCAAAGCUUGCCUGAGCAGCAGGAUCAGCCUUGGCGGAUCCCUUACUGCGGGAUCCCCCCGGACCCGCCGCGGUACCAGGACAACCGAGAGAAGGUCUACAUCAACCUGUGCAACAUUUUCCCUCCCGACCUUGUGAGGAUCGUCAUGAAGAGGAACCCUCACAUGACGGACGCUCAGCAACUCGCUGCCGCCAUUUUGGUGGAGAAAUCUCAGCUCGGUUAUUGAGGACAUGAGGAAGAUGCAUCUUUGUGGUGUCUUAAUAGUUCCGUUUCAGCUGUAACGCUGAGGGAGGUUUGCUACAAUAGCACGUGUGAUCUCCUUCUCAGCAAGGAGGUUAUAUAGUAAUCCAUUUAUGUGAAAUAACUGUGCCAUGGAAUCUGUAUGUGCAACCCCGUGCGUUAGAAAGGACAGGUUUUAAUUUAAAUUGUCACUUGGAUUUUAUUUUUUAUUUUUGAAGAAUAUUUCAUGACUGGAUAAGAAUCCUUCCAGUUUAAUAUAUUAUUAUAUCUGUGGUCUCUUAAUAGGUUUCUUUGGUGCAUCGGGGGGUUUAAUAUGCAGCACUUUUUAUAACGUCGUUACGUGUUUAUUAAAUUAAUGGGUGUUUUUGUCCUUCAGAGUGCAAAAAAAGUUUUCUUAAAAAAAAAAAAGCUGCAGAAAACUAAAGAGGAUUUUAUGCACCCAGCAAAUGGUUUUUUCCCCAAGCUAAGCUUAUUAUGAACUUUUUAAAAAUUGCAAUUAAGUUAUUUUAUUGUGUGAUCUUUUUGCUAUAAUCAUUUUAUUUAUAGAAAACAAAGGUCUUUUACAGCACUGACUAUUUUUUUAAACAAUGUUUUGAGUUACCAGUUUUAAUGUUGAAAUGGGUAACAGUGUAUUAUUAUUAGUACUUUAUAGUAUGGCACUUUUUUGUUGGUUUUUGGUUUUAAGUGACAUUAUUUGUUUAUCACUGUUAAUUUUUGGUGCACGCAAAAGCAAUCACUGAUGGAGAAAUCUGCCAUGAUUAAUUUAUUAUGUAGAAGGCAAAAGCCUUAGAUGCAGAUUUUGAAGAUGUUGCGCUCAUCCGACUCACACUGCCUAGAAUUAGGCUACCAAUAUAUCAGUUUAGGCAACUUACCCACGCUUUCAUGAGUCAGAAACAGAGAUUUGUUUUUGUCGUGUCUCUUGCUCCUCUAAUUAAUGCGCAGGUAUACUGGACAAAAUGUGUGGGGUUUUUUCAUACCUGUUUUUAAAUGAAACUAAUUGUUCUCAAUGCAAUUUUUUUUUGUAUAUAAGAUACUGUGUAUUUUUCAUGCUAUUUAUCAAGGCUGGCCUGAGAAGGUUUUAUGUUGUGUUGACGAUAUGCAACAUUUUUUUAUAAACUGCACUAUAGUAUAAUAUAGCAUUGUAACUGAGAACAGUCCAUCCUUUUUGUAAAAUACUGUAGAUGUUCUCAAAGUUAGUUUGUCUGGCCUGCUGUAUUGUGCAGGCAUGGCUCUUUCUGCAAACAACAUAGAUUUAGAAGCAGACAGAACCGUCUCUUCUAGUAUUAGUAAGGGAGAUUUCUGGUUUUUAAGUCGUGGGUUCUGCUAGCUCUUCUAAAAUGUAAUCUUGCAUAGAUAGAAUAGUACUAGAUCUUGCAGGCAGUAACUUAUACAUAGUGAGCGUAAUCUUACACACUAGGAUUCCCUGCAGAGUGACCUAAUGUGAUGUUUCCCUACUUUAGCCUUCAGCAACCUGGCUCCUUGCAGAUGUUUUGUACUUCCAGCCCCAGCCAGCACGUCCAAAACAUCUGCAAGGCACCAUAUCUGCAAAGGCUGCUCUAGUUUAUCAUCUUAUUGCUGAUAAACCAGGUGCACAGCUGCAACUUGAAGACCCUCUAGAACCAGAAAGUUACCUUUUACUGUUGAUACAAAUUGUAUCUUUAACUAUGAUAAUUAUUUUGAUUUAUAGAUCUAACUUUAAAAAAAAAAAGGAAAAGGAAAAACCACGCACAAAUGUGUAAAGAUAAUUUUAGACUUUGGGCAACAUUUUAUUCCUUAUUUAAAUGAGAGGGAAAAAACCCUGUAGAUUUCAAAUCCUAAACAGUCAUAUAGGCAAUUAGUUGGGUUCUUAUUGUAAACAAUAUUCUCUCUUCCCCACCCACCUAUUUAAAUAGACCUCUUCUUCUUCUUCUUCUUCUUCUUCUUCUUCUUCUUCUUCUUCUUCUCCUUCUCCUUCUCCUUCUCCUUCUCUUAAACCACGUUGAAUGAGAUCAUAUAUAAAAAAAUAAUGAUAAAAUGCUGCCUGAAAAGAAUAUCCAAGCACCUUUUGAAUAGGAAAACAUUUUUCACUACUCGUGCAACACCGUGUGUUGCAAGAAGUAGGAUUUUGGUAUACAGUAAAUGCUCCUGCAAAGCAUUGUGCUUAUAGAUGUAUCCAAUAAUCUGAACCAUGUUCAGCUACUUUAAUUCAGGAACUGUUCUUCUACACAGCUUUCACUGUUGACUAGUGAGACAGGAUCUCAGUUCUGUCAAUUCAGCUGCCCUCCUCUGGGUACUGUCUUAACACUCCCUCUGUCUCCCCUUGGGGAGAACUUCUUGCCCUGUUUUCUUUCUUCUCGGCUUCACUGUUUCUUGUCUAUACAGAAUGUGUUUUAAAUGGAGAGGGUUGUACGCUGCAUACUUCUUCCUGCGUAAGCCCUCCAUUAAACGAAUGUGGUUUGCAUCAAAGCAGCUCUCGUUCAUCGCGGUGGGCUUCCGGUGGACAGUUUCCACAUGCAAUUUGUGUGUUGUUUAUAGCUUAUACUGUAACCUUGAACUUGUAUUGACUUUCUAUAUUCCUUCUGAAGUAUCGGUGGCUUCCUGACCCAGUGUCUGCAGAAUGCAGAACUCCUGUCUUCUGGAAUGGCACCAUUUCGUAUUUAUUGUUGGCCGGCUUACCGUAUUUUACAUGUUUAUGUCUGACUGCGGCGUGGAGCCUGAUCCUGCACUGUAUACUACAAUGUGAAGUGAGCGUCUUCCGUGAAUGUGUGAUGCAGCUUGUGACUUUGGCUGGGCUGAAGCUCCCAGAACUCCUGGAAGCUCUGCUUCAGUAUCUUCCUUCAGUGUUGAUAUCUGGUCUUUUGUUAUUGUGGCCUUCCUUGGGCUCCAUUAAAAGCUGAUGUAAAAAACAAAAAAGCACUGUUUUCUGCUGCAAGAACUUUGCAUGGAGCUCCCAGGCUUUGAAGGACUCAAAGCUCCUGUCCUCCGUAUGUCCUUUCCCUGAAAGCAAAUGGUUGGCCAGGUACCGGUAUAUCCACAGCUGUGCCAUCUCUGAAGCGGAUACUUAACUGUCUCCGUCUAUUUGACUAUGACCGGUAGCAAGCCUUUCUGGAUUCAGAAACUGCUUAUCUGCUUCUCCAGAGAGCAGCAUGUUGUUUUGCGCACACCAAAAGAACUGGAGUCAUUGGGCAGCUCUUACCAGCAGGCAGCAGCAUGGCUGCUUCGCAUUUUAACAACAUUGCUUUAUGCACACCACCUCCUGUGAACCUUGGCUCUUCUAAGUUGCUCUCUUUCUCCUUUGACGUUCCAAAACUCGGGACCCGCAGCCACCCUCCCCCUCCUGGGAUGGCUUUCUGUAGAAUAUAUAUGGUAAUAGUUUGCAGCAACUGUAGGACAACAUGGAAAGGGGAAAGGCUAGGAAGAUGUCAGGUCUGUUUUAUGCCGAUUUAUUGAUGCAACUUUUGGGUUGGAUCCAAAUUUGCACACCAAGUGUAAGUGAAAAAGCAUGUCUACUCGUAUAUGGGGGAAGGGACAAAACUGGCAGAGGCAUUUUGUUGGGGAAGGCGUCUUCAGGGGAUGGGGAUGGAACUGGAAAGCAAGCAGAGCACCCAUGUGCAGAGGGUGUUAUAACUGUGAAGUUAAAAUAUGUGAUAUAUGAUCUUAGGAGGUCAAAUACCUGCUUUGUUUUAAUUUAUUGCAACAUACAGACAUUGGUGCGCUCAGUUCCAACUUUGAAAUUUGAGCUGAGUUUUAUGCCAUUGUUAUCAUCACUAUUGUUUGGAAGUACUUAACAGAAGGGAUGGAAAAUUUACCUGGAAACAUUUCAGGGUUUUGGAUUUUUGGGGAAAUCAUAUGUGUGCAUGUAUGUAAUUAUACAGUGUACUUACCGGUAUAUCAUGCUCAACCACAUAGAAGCCCCUUUUAGAUCUACAUAUGAUGGCAAGGUUAAACUCCUUGCCAUUUUGUGCAUACAUCUCAUUAACAUGUUUGGAACUUCUGGCUAUUUUUUUUUUUACCUUCUAAUAUGACUCCAAAGUUACGAGAGUUUAACUCCUUUAGGUUUUGCGUGUGCGUGUUUAGCAAAUUCUGACACUAUGAAUAGGUCCAUGGGCUUCAUUUCUGAAAGCGGAGCUCUUCGUUUUCCAGUCCUGCUGUCCUCUCCCAGUCUAAAAGACAGUAGUUUGUUUGUUUUUUCAGAAGAAAUGAGAAUAUACACUAUGUGAAUUUUCAAAAUAAGGGGGUUUGUGGCAUCUUUGGAGACUGUGGCAAUUUCUGCAGCAUCCAUGAUUACACCUCCUGGUGAGUCAGCAGGUUUAAAUCCUUCCCAAGUCUCUUCUGAGAGACAACGCAAAGGUUGUAUGUGUUAUAUUGCAUUUUAAGUGUAAAUUAAAAUGGAACGUGAUUAAGGA